AUGUCGGGCCGCGGGCGGCGGGGCCGCAGGCGGCGGGGGCCGGCGGGAGCGGCGGCGGAGCAGGCGGGGCCUGCGGCUGCGCCCGAACCCGAACCCGAGGCGGCCUGCGCCUCCCCGAGGUGGGUGAGCCGGUUCUGCCCGCAGUGCGGGCGCGGCGUGGAGCCCGCCUUCCGCUUCUGCCCGGCCUGCGGCGGGAGGCUGCCCCCGCCGUCGCUGCAGGAGGAGGAGACGGAGCAGACGCCGCCGGCCCCGCCGCGGGCUUCCCCAGCCCGGCCCUCGGCCCCGGCGCGGCCCAGCUGCCGCUCGCCCCGCAAGGCGCGGCCCGGCCCGGCGGCGCCGCUCCCGGCGGAGUCGGUGCUGACCGACCAGGGCGGCAGGCAGUGGAGGCUGGUCCGGCUCCUGGACCAGGGCGGCUGCGGGCUGAUGUACGAAGCGCAGUCAGCAUCUGGAACCUGUCCUCAAAAGCAAAGAUACUCCCUCAAACUUGAUGUCAAAGAUGGCAGGAUCUACAAUGAACAGAAUUUCUUCCAGCGAGCUGCGAAGGCAGGCACAGUGGAGAAGUGGAAGAAGUGGCACUCUGUGCCAUUGCUGGGAAUCCCCAAUUGCGUUGGCUUUGGACUGCAUGCGGAUAGCUACAGAAGUUUUCUCUUACCAAAAGUUGGGGAAAUGUUUGCCCAGGUCAACCUGAAGGAGGGUCUAAUCCAGGUGGAUUGCUUGACGAGUGUCUGUUGCAGGGUUUCCAAAUCAGACUGCCUGGAGUACAUUCAUGAAAACGAGUAUGUGCACGGGAACAUCACAGCUGAGAACAUCUAUUUGAACCCAGCAGACCUCACACAGGUGACCCUAGCAGGCUAUUGCUAUGCAUUCCGUUACUGCCCAGGAGGGAAGCAUGUGGCUCAGCGCGAAGGCAGCAGGACCCCUCAUGAAGGCACGAUAGAGUUUAUCAGUCUGGACAGCCACAAGGGAGCAGGACCAUCUCGCCGGAGUGACUUGGAAUCUCUGGGCUACUGUCUUCUGAAAUGGCUCUCUGGCUUCUUGCCUUGGUCUGAGGAGCUGGACAAAGUAGAAACUGUGGUGGAGAAGAAGGAAAAGUACAAAGGGGAUGUGAAAUGCCUUCUCCGACUGUGCUUCAGGCAGAAGAGACCCAUUCCAGAUGCCCUGCAGAGCUACCUGCAGCAAGUAAUGGCACUAGAGUAUGAGGAGAAGCCUGACUAUGAGGGCCUGCGGCAGCUCUUCAAGAAGCCACUGGAAAAGAUGAAAGCUUCAGCUUAUGACUCUCUGGAUAUCAAAAUGGUGCCCUAAAUCAAGAAAACUUGCACAGGAAAAGAGUUCAAAGCUUUCUGCAGUGUGAGCCUUUCCUGCUGAUAUUUAACUUUUACAUACCUGUUUUAGAACUGAGAGAGUUUUUUAUAAGUGUUUUCUUCCAAUUUUAAUGUGACCUAAUGCUGAAUUUUGAGCUGCUGCUGCAACAAGUUAAUGUGAAGACACUCCUGCAUGGCAAGUCAUUGUAAGCAGUAGCUGGAGAACUGCAACGUAGCCACCAGAAGGGUGAAGCCUGGCACGGAAGUAGUAAAUCAGGGACUUGUUUUUUUAACUACAGUGGCAGUACCUAGUUUUGUAAUAAACUUUGUGGACAAGCA